GAGCCAUAAAUAAAUUUAGAUCUAAAUACGGUAAUGAAAAUAAAAUGGAGAGGUUUUAUUCUUGCUGGAAUACUCGGCUCUGCUAGUGGUAAACUUUAUUCUCACUUGAAAGAGCACCCUCUUCCACUGGAUAAGGAGAAAUGGCAGCCUGUAGCUAAAGGCGUGGCUUGUGCAGCCUUCCUCGGCUCAGGAGUAGGCCUAGCCAUCGGAUGGUACAGGAAUAAACCUUUGUACAUCUAUCCAUUAUCAGUCGGAGCUAAUUUUGCAUUUGCAACGGCAUCGUUUUUAGGUAUUCGAUUUGGUUUAUUAAAACUGGUAGAUGAUAUUAGAGAUGCUGGUGAGCAACAAAAUGAUAUAGUGAAUGAAAGGACAUUGGGUUAUGCAGUUAAUGCAGCUAGUGGCUGUACUGUUGGAAUAAUAUUAGCUGCUGUGUCAAGGAGAAGCAUAGCCUCUGUUUUAUUGCAUGGUUUUGGCGGUAUUUUAGCAGGUGUUGGAAGUCAAUUAACUUAUGACCAGUUUGAGCUCUGGAGAAAGAGGAAAGCUAUUGAAAUAAAUUAUCCUGAAUUAUCAAAGGACCAAAAAUGGACCUUUGAAAAGUUUGAAAUAGCUUGGUUGGAAUUUUGGCACAGGGACUUAAAAGCCGACAAUUUGAAGGCAGACAUCAGCCUACUGGAAGAACACUUGAAACAAGAGAGAGAGAGGAUUGAAUUCUUAGACCAAGAGCUAUCAAAACUGGGACUUGAUGAGAAAGAUUUGAACAAGUUACAAACACAUUCCCCUCAAUCACCGGACUAUGACAAUCAUAAUGAUCAUCACAGCAACGAUGAUAAUAAUAGCAGAGAUAUUAUCACAUAGCUUAUUUAUAACGUAUCAUCAUAAUAGAAAUAAUGAAAAUUUAAUGAAAAUGAAUUUAUAAAAAAAAUCAAUAUUUAAAAGUAGUAAUGAUUAUACACAUUGAGUCACUCAUACAGUGAGUUGGAAAGAGAUUAUAAAGAACAGUGUUUUAUCCUU